UUAAAUAGCCAGUCAUUACUGUGCUUCCAGCAGGAGCUUGAUUUACAUUAGUGUUUGAAUCGUGUGGGUUAUCAGCGUUGAUUGAUAUAAAAAAAGCACAUUUGUACUAUCGUUUCGCAAAAAAACCGCCUUCACGGAUAUCAGUGUGAAUAUAACUAAGAAAUACAUAUUAGGAAUAAAACAUCAAAAUAAAAAGGCGCUAUGUCGCGACAUAUGGCCAAUGUCGUCUGCUUCGUCAUUGUCCUGAUGACGUUCCGUCACGUGACUGGACAGGAGCAUGACGUCGCACAGCUGAACAAAAGAUUGACAUUCAUCAAGAUGUCUGUUGAUCGUGAUAUCAGCGACAUACGGUUCCAGAUCUUCAAACUGAAAAUGACUGUCGAGCAGAUGGUUGUCGAUCAGAGGAACGCUAGCGAUGGGUCCAUUAUUGGUGGACCGUUCCCCGACUAUGGUCAGGGAAUGACAGGUGAUAAUCAAAAGGAAAUUACAGAUCUCAAAAAUAAAUUGAAGGAACAUGAAAACCGACUGAACCGAUUAUUCAGUACAGUUAAUGAGAUUCAAGAGGUAAACUCUCCUCGUAAAAGAACAGCUAAAACCGACAUUGAAACAAAUUGCGACGACAGAUUCGACGCGCUCCAAAAGAAGUUCGAAGAAACCGCAGCGGCGAUGAUGAAAGGUUACAAGGAACUAAAAACGCACGUGAACGUCAAAGUCGCUUUGGUCGAUCAAAUACAUAACAUUUCCCAGUCCGUAAUCUCCACACACAACACACUGAGUGCGAGGAUUGUCCAGACAGAUGCGGAGAUCAGUAGACUGGGUGGUGAAGUGAACAAGCUCAAAGUCAACAAAUUGGUCGAGAACACGGAAAGAAACGAAUUGAUCAAUAACUUAAAAGCUGAACUUAUCCAGUCGAACGCUGGCGUUGAAACAAAAUGCGACGAAAGUGUCAACGCUCUUAAAAAGACGUUUGACGAAACCUCAGCAGUACAUUUAGCAGGUUACAAAGAUAUUGAAACGCAAAUUUCCGUUCAAAUGAAAAAUCUGUCCAUGUCGUUGAUCUCCGAACAAAACAAACUGAGUGUGAGGAUGGUCCAGGCAGAUGCCAAAAUCGCAAGACUUCAUGGUGGAUUGUACACGCUGGAUGGCGUUUCGAGAACGAUUAAAGAGCUGACAACAAGGAUUGACAAGUGUUGUAUAGAUUGCGGUGACCCAACACCAGACCAUGGUACAGUAAACACCACAGAAACAACGAUUGGAACUGUUGUGAAAAUAUCCUGCAAUCAUGGAUACGUAUUGAGCGGAACGAGCAUCAUCAAAUGCAACGCUGACUCUGCCUGGUCUGAGUCAGCCACUUGUAACCCGUAUGACUGUGGAAGUGCUUUCCCAGCCAAUGGUGUGGCCACAGCCCCCAUAGGCACUACCUACCAGAAGAAGGCUACUGUGCAGUGUAACCCAGGCUACACAUUAAACGGCUCAUCAGUGAUAGAGUGCAACGCAACCGGCUGGAAUGAAUCUAUCUCAUGUGUUAUACAAAAUUGUGGUGACCCAACACCAGACCAUGGUACAGUAAACACCACAGCAACAACGUAUGGAACUGUUGUUAAAGUAGCAUGCAAUCUUGGUUAUGUACUGAGUGGAACGAGCAUCAUCAAAUGCAACGCAGACUCUACCUGGUCUGAAUCAGCCACUUGUUACCCGUAUGACUGCGGUAGUGCUGCCCCAAAAAAUGGUGUGGCCACAGCUCCUAGGGGCACUACCUACCGGCAGCAGGCUACAGUGCAGUGUAAUCCAGGCUACACACUAAAUGGCUCAUCGGUGAUAGAGUGCAAUGCAACCGGCUGGAAUGACUCUGUUUUCUGUAGGCAGCAACCGAUGUCAACCAACGGGUACUUCGUCAAGCCGAUAUUCGGGAGUGACCUUGAAAAGCAAAUCAAAGUCGGAACCAGGGUCGUGCGCGGUCGGGACUGGCAAUGGCGUGAACAGGACGGCGGGGGUCCUGGCACCGUGUCAAAGUUUCUCUCGGGAUUCGACACCGGAUGGGUGACGGUCAAGUGGGACAAGGGCACCGACUACAACAUCUACCGCAUCGGCGCGGGAGGCAAACACGAUCUGUUAAUACUAGCGGAUGUACAAUAACUGUCCAAGUCACCCACUAAUUAUGGAAUCAGCGCACAUAUUAUCUAAUGGAGAAUAAAAUACGUGCAUGUGAUAAGAGAACUAUAUAAUUAUUGUAUAUAUUUGCCAAUUGAUAUAUAGACAUAAAAUACAUAUAGGCUGACGAACACUGAUUUCUAUACGAAGAGUACGACUGGUUUAUAUUUGACGAUAAGUACUUAAAUUUACAUGUAUAUACAUGUUAAUCAGUUAUUAAGGGUAAUGCUGUAAGUAGUAAAUAAACUCAAAAAGUCUUAUCAAAAUUAAAUCAAUUCAUGGUUAAAUAUAUGCGUGAUAAAUAAAACACUGUUGAAUGAUAGUUCAAUCCUUUCAUCGGAAAUUUUAUAAAUGGUAAAUAAAACACACUGUUGACAGAUGAUUCCACCUAAUAUUUGGUAAAUAUUUAAAGGUAAAUGAAACACUCUUGCAUGAUUAUUCAUUUGAUUAAUUGUUAAAUAUGUAGAUGUUAAAUAAAACACAAUUUUCAUGAUAAUACAAUUGUUUAAUUGGUAAAUAUAUGCUUUUAUGUGA